AGUGUAACUGCGACUGCGACAGUUGUCAAGUUGUCUUGUUUUGGUAUCUUGUCAUUUGAGUGAUUGUUGUAAAUUGUGUAAUAACCGUGGAAUUUGUCGUGAAAAAUGUUGUUAUGCGUAAAUAAAAUAUAAGAAAAUGGGUGCUAAGGAUUCUAAAAGGAGUUGCUUGAGCUACGAUGAUGCAGUAAAACGAAUGUCCGAUGCUGAAUAUCGGCGAGUAUGCGCGACAUUCAAAAGACUCACCAACGGCGGUCAACUCCUGAGUCGACAUGCCUUCACUCAGAACGUCCUAGGUGAUGGAGUACCUCUAACCAUAGCAGAUUGGUUGUAUACAGCUUGUGGGGGAACCACUCGGGGAAUAGCACUUAGAGAUCUUAUUUGCGGAUUAGUUUUACUUACCAAGGGUACGCAAGAGGAAAAAAUCAAAUUCUUAUGGACUCUCUACUGUAACGAUUCCGCCACUCAUCUCACAAGGAGCGAAUUUAAGACUGCAUUACAAAUAGAAGGAGGUCUACCUCCGGAUAGUAAAUCGAGUAACGCAUCUGGGGACCGAACUGUCAUAUCGCUUUUCAGUAAUCAAGAUAAGGUUAGCUUCGAAGACUUCAGGGCGUGGAUCACAUAUAAAAAGGAGUCUACGAUACUAUCAAAAUGGCUUUUAUCAAAUCCAUGCGUAUCACUGAGCUCAGAACUGGAAACGCCCACCUUUUAUCAAACUUUAGCUGGAGUAACCCACUUGGAGGAACAGGAUAUUUGCGAGUUAGAAAAGUGCUUCUGGGCCUUACAGGCUUCGUCGGCUACUUCUAAUCUAGAUUUUAAUUGCUUGAAGUCUCGUGUAUGUCCACCUGUACCUCUAAAAGCGUGUAAAGGAUUAUUUUUGGCAUUAGAUGUAAACCGUGACGAUCAUGUGGAUUUCAAGGAAUUAUGUUGCGGUAUAUCUGCGGCAUGUAGAGGACCUAUGGUGGAGAGAAUGAAAUUUUGUUUCAAAAUCUUCGACAUGGACCGAGACUGUUACCUGAACUCCGACGAAGUUCAACACAUGACUCAAACUUUAAUAGUAGUAGCAAACGAAAACAAACUCACCUAUUUCCAACAGUUCCAGCCCGAUCCCCUUCCGAAGCCCGAUCUGCUUACCGACGUGAUGUUAAGCGAAACGAAGAGGUCCGAGGCGGUGGGGAAUGGAGACAUGCAUCGGGAGAUAUUGGCGUGUCUGCAAUCGAAGUUGGACGACAAGGGCGGCCUAACGCAGGAGGAUUUCUUGGUGUGGAGCGUAGAGAAUAAUAGUCUGGUAGCACCCUUGUUGGAGCUGUUAUUUCAAGUGUGUCAUGUGUCUUUGGGGCUGAGGCCUCAUUGUCGCCAUAACGAAUAUGAAAUUGUCAUGGGAUGGCUAGAAAGAGAACAACGCAGAGGUUACCACGUAGGUCAAUUCUGGUACCUGAUUUCCUCAGACUGGUGGAAUCAAUGGAUGAACUACACAGCUGCUCCUAGAACUAAUCUCGAUAUAUGUAAUUGCCGCAAUGAAAGUAGAUUACCGAUAGAAGAAGGAAUAGCGUGCGACGAGAGUCUUAUUAGCAAUACUACAGACUAUACAUCUACUUCUAACGAUUUUAAUUCUAAUAGUAUGGAAUCUAUGGGAGAUCUACUGACUAGAGGGGGUGACAGGUGCAGUAUUUCUUCUAGCUCUGGAGUCUCUAGCAGUUCAGGAACAGGCCCUAAGAGGAGCAUAGGCCAACCAGGACCCAUAGACAAUUCCAGUUUAAUAGCCGAACCCAUGUGUAAGGUUCAAACACUUACAGGAGAGGGAGGCAGACUUAAACGAGAUAUGCCUUUGGUACAACAUAGAGACUUUGAAUUAGUGCCUGAAUCAUUAUGGAAAGCACUGGCGAUGUGGUAUGGGGGCCCGGUGCCACUUCCUAGACAAGUUAUUUUACCGCCCGGACGAACUGAAGUAGAAUUAGAAUUAUACCCAGUAAAUUUAAAAAUCCUUCGACAUCUUGCUCAACAAAGAAUAAGCACGGCUUCGUGGAGUAGUGUUGUGGGAGGUUAUGGUGCGGCAGCAUUAAGUACUGCAGGCUUGACAUCAACAGUUAACGCUAGUACUCGACGUUAUCUUGCUCAUACAGCAGCAUUUUCGCGACUUGCUACUGUCCAACAAGUUACUGACUUCUUAUGUCAUCGUCUGACCCUACGAUUGGAAGAUGCCAGACUUUGGUGGCUUAGAGAGCACGCUGCUAGCCUAUUAGAUGACGAGAACGCCACUUUGGAAGAGCUGGGAAUCAUGGAUGCGGACCAAGUACUUCUUGAAGUGAGAAAUAAAGAUCAAACUUGGCCCGAAGAAUUAGGACAGCUAGUGGCUGGAGGAGGACAUGAAGUUGGUCUUAGCGUUGAAAGAAGACCUACUAUUUUUCUUCCAGAAGGUGCUACCGGUCUUCACAACUUAGGCAACACUUGUUUUAUGAACGCAGCUCUUCAAGCUGUAUCGAACACCAGGCCUUUGACACUCUACUUCAGAAGAGACAAUCAGUUGUCAGAGUUAAAUAUUACAAACCCAUCCGGUUCCAAAGGGGCUGUUGCCAGACGUUAUGCGGAGCUUUGUAGAGAGUUGUGGGCAGGAUCAACCAGAAGUGUAGCCCCUUUGAAAUUAAGGUACCUAGUAACCAAAUAUUCGCCGUACUUUCAAGAUGGUGGACAACAUGACUCACAGGAACUCCUUGCUUGGCUUCUAGACACACUUCAUGAAGAUUUAAAUAGAGUAGCUGUUAAACAGUACACAGCAUUGAAAGAUAGUAACGGUAGACCGGAUGAAAUCGUUGCGGAGGAGGCAUGGGAGCAGCAUUUGUCUAGAGAUCACUCGAUCAUUACUGAUCUUUUUUAUGGACAACUAAAGAGCAAGGUGACAUGUCAAACAUGCGGACAUGAAUCAGUAAGAUUUGACAUUUUCAACGUACUCAGUUUGCCAUUACCGAUGGAAAGUUAUACACUAUGUGAAGUUUUAGUCGUGCGUUUGAAUGGAGAAUGUCCCGUAAAAUAUGGUAUGCGCCUUCAAUCAGAAGCUAAAUACAUAGAACUGAAGGAACAUUUGUACAACAUAUGCAGCAUUAAACCCCAAAGUCUUCUGGUGGCCGAAGUAGCUUCCAGUCAGAUAUGUAAUAUUCCCGCGGACGAUGCAAAGAUCAACCCCACCACUGCUACAGAACUCUACGCCUAUGAGUUGCCUGAGACCAUAGAAGUGGUUCCCAAGGCAGAGAUAGAGAUCGAACCAGACGUGGAAUUGGAAAUUUGUGAUAGCCCAUUGGCAAGAAGUCCCGAGGUAAGCCAUGGUUCGGCCCUAUGCAUGCCCAACAUUCUAUGCUUCAAGAACAACAGAUCUAAACAAGGAAAUCAGGAACCUAGGAUAAGCAAUAUUUCGUAUAAAAAACCUUCAAUAUCUGUAAAUUCCAAUACAUCUACUGCCUCAGCUUCAUCAGACUCAAGCCGAAAGUGUCCUUCUUACCUUAUAGGCGUUCAUAGGAAAUGUGUCAGACAAGAAACGUAUUUUCUAUCGCAGCAAAAGAGCAAACCUAGUCUAUUCGGAAUGCCUCUCCUACUGGGAUUCAAUGGAAGGAGCUCCUGCCAAAGCCUUUACGAAGAAGUAUGGAAUCAAGUGACUAGAUUGUUAAGUCCUUUACCUCAAAGUGACCAACCAAACCAUGCUACUGACUGUGAUGACUCUUUAGGCUACGAAUUCCCAUUCACGUUAAAGGCUGUUCUCCAGGGCGGACAAAUUUGCGCCAUUUGUCAUUGGACGCAAUUUUGUAGAGGUUGCAUCAUCCCCUGCUCAGAGGAACUUCUUGUAAACUUGUGUUCAUCUAGUCUAAACAACAUGUGUAUUUCGAUUGAUUGGGACCCGACUGCAUUACAUCUCAGAUAUCAGACUAGCAGAGAAAAGACGUGGUUGGAGCACGAAUCAGUAGGCACAUGUAGAAAAUUACACGCUGAACCAAUCGACCUGGACUAUUGUCUCAGAGCUUUUACAUCGGAAGAGAGGUUGGAAACUAAGUAUCAUUGUAGCAGUUGCCAAGAUCAUCAACCAGCAACCAAAAAGAUGCAAAUUUGGAGGUUACCACCGAUACUGAUAAUCCAUCUAAAACGAUUCGUUUUUGUCAACAACAAAUGGGUAAAAACUCAAAAAGUCGUCAACUUCCCCUUCAAGAAUUUCGACCCCACGUCAUAUCUGGCUUCGGUUCCGCAAGAAACCAUUUUGAGGCACCGGCAACUUUUAGCGAAGAAGAACGAAGAACUGGAAAAAUCGACUGACAGCCAACCGGAGAGGAUACUCGAGGAGAACGAAGAAUGCAGCAGCGAAACAAAGUGCAACGUACAAGAUAAGUGUAAAGGGAAGUGUGUUACAGACGCUAACUCUCCGUUGGAGAGUUGUAAGUUGCUAAAUGAUAGUGAUAAAGGGAAGGGGAAUAAAUUAGCCGAUAGAAACAGUAAAGUGAGGGCGAGGUUAGAAUCUACUAGUUUAAUUAAGACGCCGAUCAUUGACGAGCAUUUGAAGGAUUAUCACAGACAUCAACUGAAGCCUGGCCAAGACGCAUUUGAUUUGAAGUAUCAACUCUACGCUGCAGUGUGUCAUUCUGGAAUGCUUAAUGGUGGUCAUUACAUUUCCUACGCUUGUAAUCCCAAUGGCCAUUGGUACUGCUACAAUGACAGCUCAUGCCGAGAAGUACUUCCCGAUCCCGAAAUAAAUAGCAAUAAGUCGACGCUCUCUCUGAGCUCAACUACCUCCAGCAAACCCUCCUCUUGCACGCCUUUGGCCAAAAGAAAAAAUAUCAGAAAACUCAGUUCUGGUAGUAUGGCUUCGGAAGACCUUGAGAAGAAAGAAGGUAAUGUUAAUAUGAGUUCGACCGAAACUUUGAGCAGUUCCAGAUCGAACUCUGUGGGUUCCGUGGAUAAGUUAGGAACGAACGUGGACAGCUACAACGAAAAGUUGCUAUCGGAGUCUCCGUACAGUAGUAGAAAAUCCCUGAAUAAUUAUAAGUGUCCCUAUCGGGAUGUCAAAGUGCCCAAGAUCGACACUAGUACUGCUUAUAUUCUGUUCUACGAGAGAUCAGGAUUAGACUACGAUCCGUAUUUACCCAAGGUCGUUCCCAAUGGCAAGGAAAUGCCUCUCGACGACCUCGAUGAAACUGACUCGGAGUUACGAAAACAAAUAUGUUCGAUCCAGUAGCGAAAGAAUUUAUGAAGCGAAGGUCUGCUAGUUCAAUAUGUUGAUUUGUUUUUUGGGUCAGCGAUUAGUUCCCAGCUUAAGUACUAAAUAUUUUAUUUCCUGUAAAUAUUUCGUUGUUUUUAAGAAAUUAUUUAUUAUUUAUAAUCAACCGGAUUCAAUACAUUGCUUGAUAGUCGUAACUAUCUGUACUAUUUCUAAAGAAAAUCUUGCAAUAAAAAUUGUCUUCUGGAUAGUCCAGACUGUGGGUGAAAAAACCUGUUAUAAUUCAGGACUUUUUUAACCUAUUAGGCGUUGUAAAGGAUGAUGUCAGGAAUGACUUCUGCUAAAAUGUAACAGUUAUAAAAUUUGCAAUUUUUAGAGAUUUCUAAUUCUGCAGCUUAAGAUAUUCAUUUUAGAGAAAAAGUUGCAAAUAGAAAGUUGUAGCAAAUUAGAAAACCUACAAAACAAAGGUCCAAAAUGGUCGUUUUUGCAAUUGCAUUAAUUAUUGUAAUAAUACCUUGUUUUUUUAUUUUUUUAAGGUUGUCAAUUAAAGAUCUUCUCAUUCCAAACAUAAAAAAAUUGUAAAACCCGAUCGGUUAAUUGGUUGUUUAGAUAUUGUAAAUUGUUUAUCCCGGGAAGUCAAAAAUGUCGAAGGCUACAACUUUUUGCAAAAAAAAUGCAAAUUUUACAACUAAAAAACGUUAUCUAACCUUAUAAAAUUCUAAUGAGACAAGUCACGCCGUGUGUCCGGUACGGUUUCGAUAUGUAAACAUUGAAUGACGUUUGAUAAACGUCAUUUUAUUUUGUUAUAUCUUUUUUAUAGCCGCUCCAGAAUGACUGAAUCGAAUUAGCUAAUUUCGAUUUUAAAAUAUUUGUAGAAGUCCAAGGAAGAUUUAGAAGGUGAGAAAAUGUGAUGAAAUUGUAAAGAAAAUACUAAAAACAAUAUAUCAUUGUCAUAUACACAUAGUUAUUUUAUACUCCUUUAGAUUUACGUCACUAAAACUGCGGCUAACUUCGGGUCUAUUUACUUAAUUACGUUUCCCGUGAAAUCCAUGCCUUUGGAACUUUGUUUGGUCUAAAUAUGGUAGUUAGAAUUGUUUCAUUAAAUUUAUAAUUAUUAAAAUGUAUUGCAUUAAUGCACAAUCUUGAGUUUUUAACUUUAUCGCAGAGAAAAUGUUGAAAAAUAUUUUUUAUUAUUGUAAGUAAAUAAUAUUUUAAAAUUAUUUUCAACGAAAACAUUUCGUUUAUAAAUUCGCAAAAGUGUGUGUGUUAUUGCGUUGCCGCUCCUGCAAUACUCAGAUAAGAUUUAUCGAUGGAUUCUUAUGUAAUUGUUUCUUCUGAAUCCAAAUCUGAAAACGGCAUUUCGAUAUUUCUAACCGUCUUCGAGAUAAUCGACUUCAAAGUCUAAAAUGUGACGUCACAAUCGUUUUAUUUUCUGCCGACACACUACACGUCCAGCUGAAAUCGUUGCUAUUAAGUAGGCUAGUUUUUUAAUCUCAAUUUGUUAAGCAAAGCAUAGGUUAUUUACAUUUGAGUUUGACACUUCGUGAAUGUCAAACUAAAUUUUAAAUUAAGUAUUAAUAAAACAUCAAUGAUUGAUAGUGAAUUUAAUUAUU